AUGACCUUUUUACCAAGUGUAAGGGAUGAUGCCAGGAAGUCUGUGAAUAAACCACUCAAAUUUACUGAGUCGGAGCUGGACUAUAUCGUCGAGGUCAUGAAGAAAAUAUUCUCGAACGAAAACGUCGUUGAGACAGUUACGGCGACCAUGGCAAAUACGCAGAGAACAUAUGCUUCCGAUAUCAAGUACCGUUUUUUGGUGGACCUGCAUAUGUCUCUGUGUCCUGCACGCUAUCCCUUGAGUUUCCUCUUCAACUCCCCACCAGCCAUUUCAAACAUGGAGGAUUAUCUAAAGGAUAGCCCAUCUGACAUUGGUACAGGGGGCACCACGGACUCUGCGGGAGCCGGUCGUGAGGGCACGCUGAAUACAAGUUAUGAAAACGACUGGAAGGACAAUUUUGAAAAUUUCAAUACCAAUUCGAAUAAUAAUAUUCACGAGAAUUUUGACAAUGGGGUGAAUUACAACGACUUUUUAGGUGAUACCGGUGACUAUAGUGCUCAGGACACGUACGGGAAUGCAUUCAAUGGCCGAUCGGGUGAAAAGUACCCUAAUAAUAGCAUCGAUUUCAACGAAAAUUAUUCCAAUGCCAAUGCUUUUCAAGCCAAUGCCAACGAUUUAUCUUCAUUUGGCAUGAAUCCGACACUCAGUCCAAGCUUUGAUCCCCAUGGCUUCUCUAAUCCGGGCUCUUUGGCACCUGAUCCUUUUUUGGACGAUCUUGAUGCCCUCGGGUUUCCCCACAACCACGAACCAGUGCAGUAUAUUAACCCUGCUAACACCGCCAAUUUGGACGAGUUGAUCUCGCCCGACACCAACGACAACUUCCUCACCCCACAAUACUUUUCUCCUACCAACAACCAGCCGUCGGGAUUUCGGCUCAAUCUGAUAGCCGAAAACGCUGCCCAACUGGCAUUCAGUCCGCACCGUCAAAGCAUUUCAGCCGGGAUGGCUUCGGCCCCUAGACCUGCUAGUGCCCACCUUUCUCCGUACCUCUCACCAGCAGAGAACUCUCUCGAUACGUUGCGAUCACCGCCGUUCAAUGGAUCGUUUCUUCAAUCUCCACCCACCAUGCGCAUUCCCCAGUCCAAAAGUGUGCCUGAAAGCCAGAACAAUAGCUAUAACAGUGCCAUGUCGCCGCUGCUGGUGCAAAGCGGCAAGCAGCUUACUCGGGAAGAAAAACUCAAGCGGAGACGGGAGUUUCAUAAUGCCGUCGAAAGACGUCGUCGAGAUUUGAUUAAGGAACGCAUCAAAGAACUUGGGUUGUUGGUGCCGCCUUCGAUGCUCAAUCCACAGCUCUGUGCCGUGCAGGCGUUUAAGGGGACUUCUCAACUAAAUACUCGAGAGAUCAACGAGUUACUUUCUACCAUCAAGGUGAAAGAGACGAAGCCCAAUAAGAGCACUAUUCUCAACAAGUCGGUGGAGUACCUUUUGCACCUAAAGUAUGUACUCGAAGAGCAGGAAAAGGCACGAGCCAAGUUGGAAAAGCAGAUCCAGGAGGCGCUGGGGUCGCAGCCAAAGGAAGAUACCUUCAAUCCGGAUGAUUUUUUCUUGGGGGUUGUUGAUCGGUAA